UCGCUAGCGGCGGCGGCCGACAGAACGCGCUGCCGAGGCCCAGUCGCAAGGUGACUAUAGUCUCGCCUGGACACGAUGGGCGCCGCCGGCCGCCUGCUGUUUUCCGCCACUGCAUGGAUCGCUCUGCUGCACUCCACGGUGGCAUUGGCGGCGAGCUACGGCCCCGUCAGCGCGGGACCCCGCUUGGUUCCGGCCAGUGUCACGAGGAACCUGCGGAGCAGCAGUUACACCGCUACGAGUGUCCUCCACGUAGCGGAGAGCACCCCAUCAGAGGUCACCGGGGUGAGCCGACGUCGCUCAGCACCGCGGAACCGCGCCCCGGGAAGAAAAAGGCCCGGUGACGACUUCGGCGUCAGCUACAUCGGCAGCCCGCCAGACUCCGAGGAAACCGGCAUUUGGGCGGACAUGGUGGUGUCCAAGCUGCGCAUGCAGGCCAAACCCAGCCUGGGCGCCGAACCGCAGCCGGACAGGGGGCGCAGGCCGCCGGCUGCCCCCGCCAGAAAGAGGCCCGUCUACGUGCCCCGGUUCGCUACGGCGGCUGGCGGCACCGCCAGCAGCAACGGCAACGUCCGCAGAGGCAGAGGCAGCAAUAGCCGGCCGGCGCGUGCCAAGGCGCCUCGCUACAUGUAUUGGAAGACCGUUUCGUACACGCCAUUCCCGUACUACGGAUUUGGCUACGGACCGUACGGCUUUGGAUACGGCUGGAAGCCGUACGGCCCGUGGGCGACAUACGGCUGAAAUCGAGCCGCCUGUUGCUGCCCUGCUAUUCUUGCCUGUUAGUGCGGUCUCUUUCCGUGGGCGACUUUGGGGACCCACUCCGUCCUUCACAUUUCGUCACUUCUUUCUCUAGUGAACCCAUGCGGCCCGGGACACGUGAAAAUGACGGAGCACACGUGCAUUACGCGGAACUGAAGCUUCCCGUUACUCGCUGGCUCAGGCUUGAAGCAUGAGCGCGGGCUCCGUGUGAAUAAAUGACUACAGAGCAACCAGA